AUGGAGACAUGGAACAAAAGCAAUGGUCAACAGUGUUUGAGCUGUGACAAUAGGGCUGCCUGCUCUGAAAGAGAAAACUCUUCAUUCAUAAUAUGUGGCAGUGCACCCUCUAUGGAUACAUUGACAAAAUGUGAUGUUCACAUGAGAAUCAUUAUUUUCAACCUCAGAAAUAUUUACCAAAAAAUCAGGGACCACGACCUUCUGGACAAAAGGAAAACAGUCACCGCUCUGAAAGCUGGAGAGGACCGGGCCAUUCUCCUGGGACUGGCUAUGAUGGUCUGUGCCAUCAUGAUGUACUUUCUGCUAGGAAUCACACUCCUCCGCUCAUACAUGCAAAGUGUAUGGACAGAAGAGUCUCAAUGCACAUUGCUUAAUGCUUCCAUCACAGAAGCUUUUAACUGCUCUUUUAAUUGUGGUCCGGACUGUCGGAAGCACUCUCAGUAUCCCUGCCUCCAGGUCUACGUUAACCUAACUUCUACGGGACAAAAGCUCUUACUUUACCACACAGAAGAAACAAUGAAAAUUAAUUCUGAGUGUUCUUACAUACCGAAGUGUGGCAAGAACUUCGAAGAGUCCCUCUCCAUGGUGAACGUGGUGAUGGAGAAUUUCAGGAAGUACCAACGCUUCUCCUGCUUCUCCGACCCAUCUGGCAGCCAAAAGAACGUCAUCUUAACCAAACUCUACAGCUCCAACGUGCUGUUCCACUCCCUCUUCUGGCCCACGUGCAUGAUGAGUGGGGGCGUGGCCAUUGUUGCCAUGGUGAAACUCACGCAGUACCUCUCCUUGCUCUGCGAACGCAUCCAGCGAAUCAACAGAUAGAGGCCAGGCUAGCCGAACAAGGUUUUUCUUUAACGUGCAAAUACUGGUUUCUCUCAUUCUUCACCAAAGAACCUUAAGUUUGUAACGUGUCGUCUAUUAUGAGUUCCUUAAUUGAUUCCGAUACAUAGAGCAAUAACGCAGCUGCUGUUUGAUAUGCAAACGUGAUGUUUCUAUUCUGUAGAAGACGGGGUGGAGGACCCCCACAGUUGGGUGUUGAUUGUUUUCAUACUCUCGGUUCGUUGGUUUGUUCGUUUGUUUGUUUUCCUGGUGACACUAGGACUUCCUUCUCCCCUUCCACUGAGAUAGGAUGCAGUGAAUCAUUUGUCAAUGAACGUGGUGUGGCGUAUUCUGUAUUCGGAGUCAUCAUCUCUCUCAGAGACAUCUCUGCAAUGUAUUUUGUCAUUCAUUGUUUACCAAAGCUGCAGCCAAAAACAAAAAAAAAUUCCUUUUCUUUUUCUCCAAACCGAACCCUCUAGCAAGAGAUGGGACCAGGAUACCUUCAGCAAGGGUAUUCACCGUUUUCCUUGUA